AUGGAGGUGACGGUGAAAAAACAUGAAGCUGGCAAUGAAAAUGAAGGUGGCAGUAGUAAACCUGAAGGCGACAGUGAAAAACAUGGAGGUGACGAUGAAAAACAUGGAGCUGGCAAUGAAAAUGCAGGUGGCAGUAGUAAACCUGAAGGCGACAGUGAAAACAUGGAGGUGACGAUGAAAAAACAUGAAGCUGGUGGCAGUAGUAAACCUGAAGGCGACAGUGAAAAACAUGGAGGUGACGAUGAAAAACAUGAAGCUGGCAAUGAAAAUGCAGGUGGCAGUAGUAAACCUGAAGGCGACAGUGAAAAACAUGGAGGUGACGAUGAAAAACAUGAAGCUGGCAAUGAAAAUGCAGUGGCAGUAGUAAACCUGAAGGCGACAGUGAAAAACAUGGAGGUGAUGGUGAAAAAAACAUGA